AGAGUGAAACCUAUGCUUGUCCUGUUUUAUUUUUUUUUUUUUUAUGAUUUGGUGCUAAUAUAACUGCUGUUUUUAGAAUCAGGUAGCGUACAUGAAAAUAAGGGUGAAUUUUGGUGUUCCUACAAAUGUGAUUUUCUUUUUGGCUGAUCUACCUCAGAAAAAAGUCAGUUUUUCAUGUGUCCCAAAGUAAUGUCUAAAUGUAGUCGAUGCACAAUUUAUGCAGACUAUUUCAGCAGUUUCGUGGUCAAAAAUGACAAUUGUGUGGCUGUAAAAUAUUUCUUAUUUUAAGUCUGUUCCUGCAUACGGUUCAUGAAUAUUUCCUGCCUUGUAUUUGAUCUAAGCUGCCUUCAGGAAUCGCAGUUUAGUUAAAUCAUGAUUUUUGAACAUCUACAGUCACAAGACCCUCAGUCAUUUGACUCCAUCCUCUCCCCUGCGUGUCUUUCAUUAACAUAUAUUCUCUAAUCAAAUCCGUGCUGCUGCUCUACUCUUGCCAGCAAAGGCGUCAGAUUAUAACCUUAAGAUUCUAAAAUCCUUCUCACAGAGGUAAUACAGCUUUUUUUAGAUCAGUAUUAUGAGAUUGUAACUUGUUUUUGCCUGCAUGAUUAUAUAAAAUGGGGAGUAAUAGGGUAUUGAGACCCCUGCCAAAGUUUGACCUCAGAGCUGCAUCAACAAACUGCUUAAGCCUGAAUUAAAUUAUGUUUGAAGGUGGAGACACAUUUUUAAUGUUUAGAGGGGAGGGUUAGAGGAAAGAUGAUAAUCUACUGCUUACAUCUGAUUUGAGGGUCAGAUAAUGUACAAAACUUUACUGAAUUGUAAAGGAAUUGUGUGGAUUAAUAAUUGGAGACCAAGAAACAUGUCUCAAAUUUUUAGAUGCAUUCUCUUCCUUUGUCUUCUCCCAUCUGUGGUUCCUCUGUUCUGUUAUACAUGUGUAUUUCCUUCUAUCUCACCACUGGACUGUCUCAAGUUCCCAACCAGGUGUCCUCCGGGUCAGCUCUGUCUUUCUAGCAAAGCUGUAGGACAGCGGGGGGACUUUCAGGUCGUCUUGUAUGAAAAGAGCUGCAUUCUUCCUGCCCUGUGUGGACUCACAGGAGAGAAGUUUGCCAUGGGUUUAAACUUCACUUUCACCAAUGACUGCUGUGAUACUCUACUCUGCAAUGGCGUCUCAAGCAGUUCUGCUUUCUUCUUGUCCAGCACCCUGCUCUCACUUCUUCUGACAUUGUUUUAUUUGCAGUAAGCUUAAUUAACUAUAACAAGAGAGCAGUCAAAAUGUAACACACACUCACAAAUCUCUUUAUCUGGAAAAAAAUAUAUAAUAAUUUCUAUGUAAAUGAAUGCAUUCUUAUAUUUUCUUCGUCUUUAUAACAGUUCUAACAUGAAGAGUUUAAUGUUUUUAUCAGCAUUUCUUCAUAUAAA